GAACUGAACAACACGGCCCUGUAUCACCUACUGGAGAGGAACUUUAGCUCUGUAGCAGAAGCUGUAACUUACCUAGCCGUACCUGACAUUGCAGUGCCUCUGAAUACCAGUGACCUGCACAAGACACUUGCCAACCUGAACCUCUCCCCGGCUGAUCUGGAUGCUCUCUCUUCUGCAAGCAUAAACUGGUUUGAGGUGUAUCGACAUGUUGGCGCCAAUAGCGCUGCUGCAGCCGCCAGCAAUGCCAGCUCUUCAUCAUCCUCAUCAACCUCUGCCGACAUCGCCACCAGUUUCUGCAAAGGCCUGAGUAGCGUGUCACCGUUAGUGGCUAGUGCAUGCAACCUGGGUUUGGCUAGCUCAUCACUACUUUUGCCAUUAUCCAGUCUUGGUACUCAACAACUCCCGGAAACGGACAACAGUCCGUUCAAUGCUGAACAACUGAAUUCUCUGCUCCAGUCAGUGAAUGUGAGCGCAGCUCUUCAGCCUGUGCUGUGCAAUCGUGAACAGUUCAACGAUGCAUUCUCGUUCCCAUCAACACUGUCUGCCAGUAAUCGGACUGCACUGCGCAAGGACCUAUGCCACUUGUCCAGCGCACAGCGAAUUGAAUUCUUCUCAGCCCUGAUCAAGUCACCAUCUGGAGAGUGGUUGACUAACUUCACCCUGACACCAGAAAAGAGGAAGCUCCUUUCGCUCGCUAUCAAACUGUCCCAGGAUGCUCAGUUCCUAUCGGCUGUUUCUACAAAACUCUCGGAGGACAAUAUUGACUUGCGGCCCUUGGCUAUGUUCUAUGGUUACUUCAUCGGAUCACCUGUUGCUGAUUACAACACCCAGCAAGGUCGCCAGGUGUUUGUGCGGCACCUGGGAGCAUUCUUCUGUGGCGACAAUUUCCCGCGCUUUGAUGGACCACCAGAUAACAUGUUUGCUUUGCAGAUCUUCCUACACUUCCUCUCGUCUGAUCGUCAAGCUAGAGCACCCACGAACACAUCAUCGGAGCAAGGCGGAAGUGUUCGCGAUGAGACAGAGGAUAAGGGCAGUCCGUCAACCGGUGGCUCGGUGGAUGCGUCCGACAUUCAGAUUCAGAACGAGAUCAUCAACGAGCUGAUAGCGCGUGCAGCCAAUGGCCGCCUGCGCUUGCUCUUCGCACCGGACAACCACCUGACUGGGGAGAUUGUCAAGAAGAUCAUCGAGCCGUUUGAUGAUUUCAAGUCGUUUGUCAGCAUCGCCAACACGUCCUACUGGCAGCUAUCACAGAGCUGGCACCCCGCACUGACCGCGCUCAAUACCUCGCUAACGUCCGAUGCUGCCGUGGACUUCCUCACCGACUUCUGUCCCACGGUGGAGUAUUUCCUGAACAUGUCCGAUCCCCGCGCCGCGGCUCACCGCCUCAAACCGCACGGCAACAGUGGCAUGCUUGUGCCGGAUUUCAAUGCCAGCAGUCGUAAUGGCCUUGGGGGCCUUGUGAACUUCACGUCCGGUGUGUUUUACAAUGCCAGCCAGUUCAGUAACGAUACUGCUGCGAACAGUUCUAGCAAUCGUCUUGCAUCUCAGUGGCAGGCAUACGUGGAACAGUUCUGUGAUGACCUGCGUCUGCUGCGUUUGCUCCUCGGCCAAGAUACCCUCGUGCCCGGUGGGCUCGUCGUGAACGUGCGUGGACUUUACCUAACCAACUACUCGGCUCUGCUGCCGAACCAAACGCUCUUUGCCGACCUGGACGAUAUGGAUGAGUUUGUUACGGCGGCCGUCAAUAGCUCGAUGAGCAUUGAUGCCAGUCGUUGGUGGAUGGGUGCUAAGGAUGAGGCCGAGUUGGAGAGCAUUGCUGCCAACGCCUGGGAUUACAAUCUCACCACUCUGGCUGGGAUUGUGUUCACUAAUCUCUACACGAAUGAUACGUCAUCUGCUAAGAACACCACAACCACCACCACCACCACCACCACCAGCACACCAGCAGUUACAACUACACUACCUAGUCUACACACUGAGCCCAGCAGUAAUGUUACAGCGACAUUACCGCCUCACAUUAUCUACAAGCUCCGGCAGAACUCCAGCAUGGUGACCAGUACUCAAUGGAUACAUUCACUGUACUGGACACCGGGGCCGUGCUUGACCCUCUUCUGUCGGCGCUAUGAGUUGUUUGGCUUCUUGGCAGUUCAAGAUCUUGUCGACAAGGCUAUUGUAGACUUGCAGACCAACCAUGCUAAUGCUAGCGAUGGCAGUGAGCGCUCUCAAGCUGACACCUCAUCUCCCGGUCCAUCGGAGCGUGACAACUUUGUCCGUGCCGCCAAGACAUCAGGGCCCAGUACAACUGGCUACUUGGGCUCAUGGCUGCAAAACUUCCCAUACCAGUGUCAUUUGUAUGAUGAGUUUACGACAAUGAGUGCUGUGAUCCUACCACUAGCCAUGUUCCUCAGUUUUCUCUUCUCGGUAGCCAUGCUGGUCAAGAACAUAGUGUAUGAGAAAGAGCAGCGCCUGAAGGAGGUGAUGAAGGUAAUGGGUAUGACCAACACCAUCCACUGGUUAGCUUGGCUAAUCACCAGUGUCAUCUCGCUACUCAUCCCAGUCACUCUGCUCAGUAUCAUUCUCAAGUAUGGCAAGGUGAUGACCUACAGCAACAUCAUCAUCAUCUGGCUCUACCUGCUCUUGUUUGCCAUCUCCUGCAUCUCCUUCAGCUUCCUCAUCAGCGUGUUCUUCUCGCGGGCCAACCUAGCAGCGGCCUGUGCUGGUGUCUUCUUCUUCGUGGCGUUCUUCCCCUACAUGGCCCUGUUCAUUCGCCAGAGUUCGGUCACGUACUGGUCCAAGGCGAUCAGCUGCUUGAUGAGCCCCACGGCGUUCAGCUUUGCCACGCAGUACGUGACGUAUUACGAGCAGCAGCAGAAGGGCCUGCAGUGGAAUAACCUGGCGUCCAGCCCGCUGACGGGUGACCUGUUCAACUUCCAGCAGUGCAUGCUCUACCUGGCCAUGGAUUGUGUGAUCUACUUUGCACUGGCUUGGUACCUGGACCAUGUCCUGCCUGGUCGCUAUGGUGUGCCACGGCCAUGGUAUUUCCUCUUUCAAAUCUCCUUCUGGAUGGGCGACGAGUGGGUGGCGCGACGCAAGCUGAAGCUAAUGUCCACCAGAUCCAUGUCUGUAGCGCUCAAUGCUGGCAAUGCAGGUUCUCGUAGUUCUUAUUCAACUACUACCAGGGAUGAUGCUGAGCUGCAGAUUUCCGCCGUGGACGAUAACGACGCUGCUGAUGAUGAUGACGACGACCGCGCUAACUUGAUCAUUCGUGAGGGCUCUGCCAGUGCGUUGUCGUGCGAGGAAGAACCUGACGAUGUACAGUGUGGCGUUGAUGUGCGUAACCUCACCAAGGUCUACACUGGCAGCAAACACAAAGCAGUCGACGGCCUGUCUGUGAAGUUCUACCAGGGACAGAUCACGUCGUUUCUUGGCCACAACGGAGCGGGGAAGACGACUACAAUGUCGAUCUUGACAGGCUUACACCGACCGAGUAGUGGCACCAUCUUGGUACACGGCAAGGACAUCCGUACGGACCUGGACAGUGUCCGUCAUAGUCUGGGAUUUUGCCCACAGCACAACGUGCUCUUUGACCGGCUGACCGUGGAGGAGCACAUCUUAUUCUAUGCCCAGAUCAAGCGUGUCCUGCUCAAGGAAAUCCAGGAGAACAUGACCAAGUGGCUGGAAGAAGUGGGAUUGCUGGACAAGCGUCACUGCCUGGCCAGGAACCUCUCCGGCGGAAUGAAGCGCAAACUCUCCGUGGCAAUCGCGUUCAUUGGCGGCUCUCUCACCGUCGUCCUGGAUGAGCCGACGGCCGGUAUAGACCCGUACUCGCGUCGCUCUAUCUGGGAUCUGCUGGUACACUACAGAAAACAAGGUCGUACAAUCAUCCUGUCCACACAUCACAUGGAUGAAGCAGACGUACUGGGUGAUCGCAUUGCCAUCAUAGCUCGUGGCAAGCUGCGCUGUGUUGGCUCUUCCAUCUUUCUCAAGUCCAAGUAUGGUCAUGGGUAUAGCUUAACUCUGGUCAAGAUCUCGGAGGAUGUGACAGCAGGGUUACACAGCAGCGAAGCAAGCAGAACGCAGAUUCUGCCUGACCCAAUGCUUACUGAGAAUCAUCGUCCAGCAUGUGACGAGGAUCGACUUACUGCUUUUAUUCGCGAGCACGUCAGCUGUGCUAAACUGCUGCGCAGCACCGUCGAGGAAGUCGUCUUCCAGCUGCCGGCCAGUGGAGCGCAGAAUGGCAGCUUUCAGCGCCUGUUCUCCGCCCUGGAUGACAAUCUGCCUCGCCUGGGUGUACGCUCGUACGGCCUCACGGAUACAUCUCUGGAAGAGGUAUUCAUGAAGAUUUCGUCUGGGGAAGACCUCGAUGUGAUGGAUGUGGUUGGGAAAAGCCGCUUGCGAAAUGCUAUGUCACACAUCCCCUGUUUGCGCUGCUGCACGCACGACAACGACAGCAGCAAUGGCUCGCCUGUACUGCCGGCACCCAGCCACGAUUCCACUGCAGCCCACACCAACGGGAACCUGGCCAUGCCGCCGGCUACUACUCGAAACACCAGUGCUGCUUCUUCUAUGAUGAUGGUUGUGGAUGGGGCUGGCGCUGACAGCGUUACUGGCUUGUCGGAUGGUUCUUCGGGACCUGAUACUCUUGUCGACAGCGGAUGGCACUCUGCUAACGGCGAGGUUCUACUCUCCGACCAGCAGCAGGAGGAGAAUGUGAAUCAGCUGGGUGUUGAAGCAUGUCUCUCUGAGAUCACUCUGAACCCUGUCAGCAUUGUUGGUGGCACUGGUGCUCAGCUCGGUGCCACUGAUAGUAGCAGUACGUGUCAGCAACUGUCAUCUCAUCCGGCCAAGCAGCUGGCCUGGCAGCAGUUCAAGGCGCUGUUCUCCAAGCGCUUUCACCACGCCAAGAGGAACUGGAAGGGCUUCUUCGCUCAGGUUGUUGUGCCGGCCAUCUUGGUUGCCAUGGCCCUGCUCAAUGUCAUAGACCUGGAGGCACCGGCGGACGACACGCCGCUGACUCUGCUGCCGUCGGUGUUCACCGAGGACAAGUUCACGCCGACCAGGGCUCAGAACAGCAGCUCAGCCAUCGCUGUCAGAGCUGCUCUCUCACUGGAUCAUCCAUGCGGGCUAUCCACGGAGCACUUCUGGCAGGGCGGCUCGUUCAACACAUCUCACAGCUGUUACGACUACAGUGCGUCGAGUGUGGACGGUGUGAGCCCGCUGUUGACCCAGGACGACAUAGACAACAACAACACGUAUAUAGCCUACAAAGGAGCAGACGCAAGCGAUAUUGCCUACACAAACACCGGUGUAUUUACACCCAGCUAUUACGGCAGACCUAUUGUGUUUACACGGCAUGAGUUUGAGGAAGGCUUCAACUUGUCGAAUCCGGACGACUGUAUCGACUGCCGCUGGUACCCUUGGCUGUGUGAGCAUGUUCCCGACACGCUGGGCCGUACGACUGUCGUUGGGGACAGCGUCCUGGAAAGUCUGGAUCGUCAGAGCAUCAACUUGGAGAACUGGAUUCUGAAAACAAACUCGCACUACGUCCUGAAGCGGUGGGGUGCGGUGUCGUUCGGAUCGCAAGUCUUGACCGUUGUCGAUAGUCGUACUCGCUACAGGUUUGUCAACGCUCUGGCGCGGAAGCCCGCCAACCUGGGUUGGAAUAAUCUGGAUGGCUAUCACGCAGCACCUAUCUACAUGAAUGUACUGACCAACUCUCUGCUACGUGCUGGACUGAACAACACUCAAGACCCUGUCUCGUUUGGUGUCACUACAAUCAAUCACCCGUUUGCCAAAACGGUUCUUCAGCUGAACACGGAGUACACGCAAUCCGGUAUCCAGCUCAUCAACGCCAUAUUUGUCAUUCUGGCCCUGUCAUUUGUGCCCGCAUCGUUUGUCCUGUAUCUGAUCGGUGAGCGUGCCAGCGGUAGCAAGCACUUGCAGCGUAUGACCGGUGUCAGCGGCCUCACAUACUGGACGUCUACGUUCAUCUGGGAUAUGGUCAAUUACCUCGUUACGGUGAUGACGCUGCUCAUUGUCUUUGCCAUAUUUGGUAGUGGCGUGUACACGUCAGCCGAGAACUUCCCGGCGACCAUUGCACUCCUGCUUCUUUACGGGUGGUCGAUCACACCGUUGAUGUAUCCGUUCUCGUUCUACUUUGAGGUGCCGUCCACAGCUUACGUCAUCCUGCUCUGUGGGAAUGUGGCCAUUGGUGCUUUUGGCACCAUUGCUACUUUCUUUCUGCAACUCUUUCCUGGCAGUGAGACUCUGACAGUGGUGAACGAUCACCUGCGCGUCAUUCUGCUGAUCUUUCCGAACUUCUGUGUCGGCCGCGGCAUGAUGGAUCUGGCCUACCUGCACUACGGACGUCUGGUUGGCAAAGAACUGGGCGCGAGUUGGUACACGGUACGGCCGUCGAUAGGGCUGGGCGCCGACCAGGUCGGGCGCAAUCUCCUCUCCAUGGCCGUGUCUGGUGUGUUCUUCUUCGCUCUGACCCUGGCCAUUGAGUAUGGUGUGUUUGGCAAGGUCAGGCACUGGCUUUACGCCACGUACCGAUCAAUCAAAUCACACAGUGCCAGCAGCAGCAGUAGCAGCAGCCACACACCCAGCAUGUCAUCUCUUAGCCUGCUGUCCGGUCUUGGUGGCCGUAGCUCGGUCAACACAUCACUAUACAGGGGGCUGUACGAUGAUGACGGCGACGACGAUGAUGAUGACAAUGUCAAUGAGGGCAAUGGUCAGAGCUCGGUGGGAGGUUCUCAAGACAGUGUCCUGGAUAAAGAUGUGGCGGAGGAGAGGCAGCGGGUCUUGUCGGGGAACUGUGAAAAUAGCCUGCUUUUGCUGAAGAAUUUAACCAAGAUGUAUGGCGAGCAGCGUGCCGUCAAUGAGAUGUGUCUUGGUGUGGAGCCUGGCAUGUGUUUUGGCCUGCUUGGUGUGAAUGGUGCUGGUAAGACAUCUACAUUCAAGAUGCUGACUGGUGAAGUGGAUAUCACGUCUGGGGAAGCAUUCCUCGGCGGACUAAGUGUGGUGCACGACACCAUGGCUGUACGUCGCUUGACCGGCUACUGUCCGCAGUUUGAUGCGCUGGAUGAGCUGCUGACUGCCAGGGAACACCUUCACCUCUACGCUAGACUGCGUGGUGUUGACCAGGAGAAGUGUGCCGAGACGGUGGACUGGACAAUCAAGAACUUGCAACUGACGCGUUACGCCGAUGAAGUUGUUGCCGGCUACAGCGGCGGGAACAAACGUAAACUGUCGACAGCCAUUGCUCUGAUCGGCCGGCCACCUGUCAUUUUCCUGGAUGAACCAACCACCGGAAUGGACGUUAAGGCACGCAGGUUUCUCUGGUCUGUCAUUCAGGGAUUGACACAUGCUGGUCAUUGUGUUAUUCUGACCUCGCAUAGUAUGGAGGAAUGCGAAAGUCUGUGUCACCGUCUUGCCAUCAUGGUGAACGGAGAGCUACGAUGCCUGGGCAGUCCCCAGCACUUGAAGUCAAGGUUUGGUGAUGGCUACACGCUGACCAUUCGUUUGAAGACGGAUUGCGCUGAUGGCGAUGCUGCGGACUCCCGCGAUCAAAUCAAGGAGUUCUGUCGACAUCGGCUGCGCAACAUCGAGUUGCUGAAUGAACAAUGUAAUCUUCUAGUGCACCAGGUGCCAGCUGACAGCGUUCAGUCCCUGUCAGAAGUAUUUGCAAUGCUGGAGAGUAUGCGUUGUGACUAUCCACUGAUCCAAGACUAUUCUCUCAGCCAGACAUCACUGGACGAGGUGUUCAUACGCUUUGCCAAGCAUCAGCUAGAGGCCGAUCGUGUGCGUGCAGACGAGGAGCGGGCACUGACAGCCAGUGGUAGAAUGCCGUCGGGACAGUCAACCCAUCGUCAUAGCAAUGGUGGUGCACAGGGGCGUGGACGGCGACGACGUCAACACCCGGCUAUGCUCUAUUCUAGAAGCAGUGAUGCUGUGCAGGUAGUGACGUCGUAUGCACCACACGGUGAUGGCUGUCAAGAAGAACAUGUGUAUGUUUAGGUCAAUGCACUCACCUGUGCAUCCCAACUCGCACCCACCAUGAGUGCCGUCAUCUGAGCUAUUGCUAGUGAUGCCGCCUGUGCUGUUGUAUACUGUCCAAUCAUCACUGCAGUCUGCAAUCUGCGAGUGAUUCCUGGUUUGCUGGGUAGAAGUCCCUGAAGGCGUACAACUCUCGCUCCUACUGCCGUGGGCAGAAAGAGAACUCCCGUCGUGUCUCAAACGCAUCGCAGCCAACUGGCCAUUGUCGUAACUCACGACCGUGUCUUGCUGCUGGCACUUGGCGUGUCACGUCGUGCUCGAAGAACUGAACAAUACCAGCAACAGCGUGUGCUGUGAAGUAAUUUGUUGAUCUGUCACUGGUGGUGGGAAGUCCAGCGCUCAUGACUUCAGCUGAUUGAUGUUAGUUUGUACAAACAGGUACUUCCAAGCACAUGUACAUGACUGUAUUUGAGUUAUUCAGAUUGAGUUUAGUUUACCGUUGGAAGGGAUAUUUUCUUUAUUUUCUUGUCUGCUGAUCGCUCAGCGUGAGACUGUGUAUUUUAACCGACAGUGCGGACUUCUCUAUUUUAUUGUCUCGAUGUAGGGUUUCUUUAUGUUGACAUUCUAUGCAUGGUCUCGCGUUGUGUAUACCACACACACACACAUUGCUUUCUGCGCACAUCGCCGAGCCCUAUUGAAGUUGACGACACGGUGUCGUCGCAUCAGGGCGCUUGAAAUAGUUUAGUUGGUGUUUGAUGGCUCUGCUUUUUUUUAUAUCCCAAAGCUUCACUAUUUCAUUCCUCGCCAUUGUAUUGUAAGCUGAAGACCGGCAGGGACCGUUUCGUUGAUCUACUUUAUUUAUUGGCCGUUGUUUAAGCAUGUCUUUAACCAUGUCUUUAACCAUAUCUUUAACCAUGUCUUUAACCAUGUCUUUAACCAUGUUUGCCACAAUGUCCCUGGCCAUGGACACAUCGGCAUUGGUUAUUUUUGAUUAACCGGGGUUUUUUUUGCGGCAGCGUUUCUGUUGAAGCCCACAUUUUAAUACUGUAUAUUUUCUGUUGCAGUGUGAUGGCAAACGUGCCCGUUACAAACACUUUCAUGACAUUGCGUGUCUUGCACAUUACCAUACAUGUACUGACCAGCAGCGGGGAAGAGAUCACGGCGUCUUCUUCUCUCUCUCUCCCUCUCUAUCUUUGUUUCUGUUUUACUUCAAGGUUACUUUAUUCUCUCCACUUUAGUAUAUUUAGGAGCUGGGCAGCAUUAUUUAUUUCUUCCUUUACACCAUAUUUCUAGUAGAUAGUAUGCCUCUAUCGUAGAGUAUAUCUCCAACAUUAUGUUUUGAUCAUGUAGUAUUGUAGAUUGUAACUGGGUCUGCCCUUUGCUCUUCUUGACCAACUCGAGAGCAUCCUGAUCUGAUCUUGAUAGAAGUGUGGCUGACUUA